UGAUGCUGAUCAGCUCAAUCGAGAAUAUUAACAGCGAGAAAAACUGAUCCUUGGAGGACUAUGAGACUAAUGGCAGGUCUUCCUGGAAACACGCUGACCGUCAGGAUGUUACUGAGUGUCGUCUUUCUUCCAGGUGCUUUGGCUCUUUACUGUGAUAACAAACCAGCGACCCUCAAUAUCAUGGCACCAAACAACAUUGAAGCUCUGAGUGGAUCUUGUUUGGAGAUCCCAUGUAGUUUUACUACAAAUCAUCCUAAAUUUAACAAGGCCAUUAGUAUCUAUGGAGUUUGGAUGAAACGUAAUUUAGACUUUGACUCUAAUCCAAAUGAUGUAAUUUUCAACAGCAGUAAGUCAGUGAACACCUAUCCAUUGGAGUUAAGUGGAAACUUGUCAGAGAAAAACUGCACCACUCUGUUUCCUGAUUUAAACUCAAGUCAUGCAGACAUAUACUUCUUCAGGAUUGAGAACGGACCGUUCAGAGCAACAAGCUGCGCUCAUCCUCUCACUAUAACAGUUAAAGAUUCUCCUUGGAGUCCCAGCAUUAAUGUUCCCUCUGACCUGAAGGAGCAUCAGUCUGUCACUGUAACCUGCUCAGCUUUCACUCCCUGUCCAAACUCACCUCCUGAACUCACCUGGAAUCUCCAACAAGACUCUCUCAGACAAACAGAGAAAAACACAGAUGGAACCUUUACAACUAAAAUCCAGGAGAUCAUCACUCUGUCAGACACACAUGAUGGAUACAACAUCACAUGUUCUGCCAGAUAUCCUGUGAUUGGAGGAAACAAGACAGYAGAGACAGAAGUGACUCUCARUGUUUCAUAUGCUCCUAGAAACACCUCAGCAUCCAUCAGUCCAUCAGGUUUGGUGUCAGCAGGUAGCUGGGUGGAGCUGAGCUGCUCCAGCAGAGCUAAACCUCCACCCAGAUUCACCUGGUUCAGGAACAGUGAACAUGGAGACAUGAAUGUGUCUGUGGAGCAAGUUUACAGCUUCAAUGCAUCUGAGGGAGGAAAGUUUUACUGCGUGGCUUCGAAUGACCUGGGUCAAACCAACUCAUCUGUGAUCCUCCUUUCGAUUAAAGCUGGUUUGAUAAAUGGGGAUUUAAAGUUUUUAAUUCCACUUCUGGCUUUGAUCGUCAUCUCUGUGCUCAUCUGUCUGUUGAUCUCUGUUUGGUGCUCAAGGUCCAAACGUUUAACUCCACAAAAGACUCAGAGUCAAACUGGUGAAGAAGUUUAUGCUGAAAAAGGAGCCAAUAAACCAGAAGAAGCACUCCAAUACGUGGAAGUAAACUUCUUUAAGAAAAAACCUGAAGCUCCUUCUGACUCAGUGCAGGAAAGCGAACAGCAGGAGACGGUGUACGCACAGGUCAAAGCGCCGGGCGCAGGAAACGGAAAACAUUCCGUAGAUUGAUGAGGCAAAUACUUUGGAAAGUGUGUGUCAUGUUACACCCGGCCAUGGUACUGACAAUCAAACAUGGGGUGGUAGUGUGAGGGUUUGCAGCUGCUUUUUUUCUUUCUAUUUUCAUUUUUUUUUUAGAGGAUUUUCUUUAAUUUUGGUGGCCUUUGUUUUUGAGAAAGGGAGAAGACAUGCAACUACAGUCUAUCAUAUCUUAUACUUAACCAAAAGUAUGGGGCGUGCCCUUCAGGCAGAGUGCAGAGUUAAGUUUUUAUUAUUAUUAUUAUUAUUAAAAUAGAAACAAAUUUUCCUCAGACUUCAAAAUUCUUAGUUUGUUCAUGUUACUCAGAGGCCUGGUGUUGUGCAGAAGAACAAGUGGGCCAUAAAAAGUACCAGUAUCGUUACUAUAUUAGAAACACUGGAGAAGCCUCCACCGCCUCAAACAAACCUAACAGAAACAAAGAGGUUUUUACCUGUUGUCUGUUUGUCUCCAU